AUGUCGGUGCCUCAGUGCCGCGGCGGGUGUGUGGUGGACACCACCAGCCUGUGCAAGCACACCUCAGUGCAGCUGCAGCCGCAAAAACUGCAAAACCUGCCCAGAACCAGGAGUGCAAUGUUGCAUUGCUGUGUUCCUGCUGCUCUCUUUUCCAAAGGGGCAUCUGGAAAGCCAUCCCAAGCUGGAGAUGAUCCCAAAGAAGCAAUGCCUACACGCACCAGCAGUUCUAGUAUAUACAGAACACAGCUGCGUUGGCUACCGCUCUCAGGACUCAGUCUCACACUUCGUGAAGCACAAAACAAUUCCAUCAACGAGGAUGAUCAAAUUACCAUUGCUGAAGAGUUGCUUGAUGAUCAGUGGAAUGAAGGUACGGAGUACAGGUAUUGGGAUGCAAUGAGUCCUGACUUGGAAGGGGAAUUCGAGACUGCCCCCUGCCCUACAUCUCCAACAAGGGAGGCAGGAAGAGAUGGGAAGCGGCCAUUGGUGUCUGCAUUUUUUCACCCCUAUUGCAGUGCAGGUGGUGGAGGGGAGAGAGUCUUGUGGUACGCAAUAAGAACACUCCAGAAAAGGUACAGAAAUGGAAUGUGUGUUGUUUACACUGGUGACAGAGAUUUCACCGGAGAAGAAAUAGUAGAAGGUGCUUUCAGAAGGUUCAACAUUAAAUUAACUCAUCCUGUCAAGUUUGUAUUUCUACGCUACCUUGUGGAAGCUUUUCUUUACCCUCACUUCACUUUGCUGGGACAAAAUUUAGGAUUGGUGUUCCUGGGCUGGGAAGGUCUUCUGAAGUUUGUUCCCGACAUUUAUAUUGACUCAAUGGGUUAUGCCUUCACACUUCUCUUUAAAUACUUAGGAGGUUGUCGUGUUGGAUGCUAUGUCCGUUAUCUCACUAUCAGCACCGACAUUCUUUGGAAUCGGGAUACCAGAUUUAACAAUGCAGCCUUCAUUACAAACAAUUCUCUCUUCAGCAAAUUUAAACUUGUCCACUACUACUUCUUUGCUUUCUUAUAUGAAUUGGUUGGUUCCUGCAGUGAUGUGGUUAUGGUGAAUUCUUCUUGGAUGCUAAAUCACAUCCUUUCCCUCUGGAGAGCUGGGGCUUGCACUAGCAUUUUGUAUCCACCGUGCGAUCUCCAGACCUUCCUGGAUCUUCUACUGGAAGAGGAAAAGAGCAUCAUUGAAUAUUCCAUUGUUUCCAUCAGCCAGUUCAGGCCUGAAAAAGAUCAUCCUUUGCAAAUCAGAGCCUUUGCUAUAUUGCUGAAAGAGAAGAGACUGGGACAGCAGCUGUCAUUGAGGCUUAUCUUAAUUGGAGACUGUCGUACUCAAGAUGAAGAGCAAGUAAAGAACCUGAAAGGCCUUUGUGAAGAGCUGGGAGUUAGUAACUAUGUGACCUUCAGAAUAAACAUUUCCUUUGAGGAGCUAAAGAGACACCUGGCCAAGGCCACCAUCGGCCUGCAUACAAUGUGGAAUGAGCACUUUGGGAUCGGUCAGUACCUUUUCUCAGUUUUCAACCAGUUGUCCCCGUUGGGGGGAGAUUCAAUUCAUGAUGAAGGCUCUUCAGUAUAG